AUGCCAUAUACAACUCAGAAAUCUCUCAUGAUUCAUGCUCGUACACAUUUUAAAAAGAUGGGCUACUCAUGUUCUGAUUGUGGAGCGCUGUUCUUCCAAUACGUAGCUGCUUCCAAUCAUAUAAGCCUGUGUCAUAUGGGUACAUUAGCUGUUGUCCGAGACAUUUUAACAAAUGAAGAUAUGAGAGAUUUGGAAAAAUGCAUGAGGGAAUGCUUCACGACAGAUAGCCUGUUUCCUGUAAAAGCCACUUAUAUACCAAAGCUUAAUUUGUUACCAAAACCUCUCCUUCAAGCAACUGAUUCAAAUUCAUCAGUGGGUAGUGAUGUAAUCUGUAUUGAUGAUUCAGAUGAUGAUAUAGGAUCUGUGGAUGUUCAAGGCAUUGGUCUACCGCUGCGAGAAGGUCAUUGA